AGAACAAAACAAAAAGUAAAGUGUAGACUCGAAGGGAGGAAGCUGCAGUUGCAGGACGAAGGCGAUCCAUACACAGCUCAAUUUAGCUGCAACUUUCAUCCACGCCCAUUCUCUAAUUAUUUUGUUAAUAAACAGAAGAAAAAAGGAGGUACAAGCUUCAGGGAGAUAGACUCAUGGAUUUAAUGGAGGUUUGGGCGAUCUUCGGGCCCGGAGUCGCAGGCGCCGUGUUCGGCGCUGGCUGGUGGUUCUGGAUUGACGCCGUCGUUUGCAGUUCCGUCAAAGUCUCUUUUGUUCAUUACCUCCCAGGCAUUUUUGCAUCUAUUGCUGCUCUAAUGUUUAAUUGCGUUAGGAAAGAAGAUAUUGAUUAUUCUCCAUAUGAAGAAGGCGAGUGGAGAUUGAAGCUUUGGCUUUUCUUUGCAUAUGUUGUAUCCUUCAUUUCUCUAGCAGCAUCAGUGGGCUUAUUAAUACAAGAUUCAAUUGUCAAAACUGGACCUUCAGUUUGGACAGGAACUGCCGGUGUGUUGCAGUGUGUGCUUGUGUUGAUCAGUGGGCUGAUUUAUUGGACUUCGCACGCAGAAUAAGUUGUGCCGAAUCAGUACAUAUGCCUUUUGGAGCUUGAAACUGCAUGUAUCAUUUACUUACUAAAUCAAUGGGAUGAAAAAAUCAGCCUGUGUACAUGUUUAUGCUGUGCUAGCAAUCUUGAGUUGCCUAACAAUAUUGAGCAUCAGUGGUAAACCCGUGCAACUUUUAUGGAAUUUGUGAUGGUUUCGCAACAAA